GAUUAGGGUUGGGCUUCAUCACCAAUAUAAAUAAGGGCAUCGUCCCCCUUUUCUUCUGAGAGCCACCAAGAGCAGGAAGCAUAGGCACAAGAGAAAGAGAGAAAAAUGGAGCAGACUUUCAUCAUGAUCAAGCCUGAUGGUGUCCAGAGAGGCCUGGUUGGCGAAAUCAUUGGCAGAUUUGAGAAGAAGGGCUUCUCUUUGAAAGGUUUGAAGCUCCUCACUGUGGAUCGUUCCUUUGCUGAGAGGCACUAUUCUGAUCUCUCUGCAAAGCCGUUCUUCAAUGGUCUUGUUGAGUACAUCAUCUCUGGCCCGGUUGUUGCUAUGAUUUGGGAGGGUAAGAAUGUUGUUGUCACUGGCCGGAAGAUUAUUGGAGCCACAAACCCUGCUGAGUCUGCUCCUGGAACCAUUCGUGGUGACUUUGCAAUUGAUAUUGGAAGGAAUGUUAUUCACGGGAGUGAUUCAGUUGAGAGUGCAAUCAAGGAAAUUGCAUUGUGGUUCCCUGAAGGCCCUGUCAACUGGCAGAGCAGCGUUCACCACUGGGUCUAUGAGUAAAACAUAUGAUUGGGGUUGAAGAGCCAGCUGCUGCUUUUUCCAUUUCUCUUCGUUAUGAGUAAUUGGUGUUAGUGAACUUAAAACAAGUUUUGACUACGUUUGAUUGUGGUUUGACUGGCUGUUGUUGUGCUUAUGAUAUGAUGUUUCUGCUAAUGUCAGUGCUUUUACUCUUAUUAUGAAUGAAUGAGGAGUUGAACCUCCUUCGUAAUGUUAUUGGGUAGAGAAUUUUGAUUGUGGCAUUUUGCAUGUUGUGCCUUCAAUUGUUUCCGCCAUAAGCUGAUGGUAGAAAUGAAAGAGUAAAGAAAUCUCAAGAUCCCACUGCUCCUGUGUUGUGAGGACAAAAAGGCAUGAUGAUGGCAGAGCACGCAUUGCGGUGAAGAAUGACUCACGACUCUUAAUGGUUUGAUGAGUCUAAUUUAAGCAAAAAUGGAGAGAAGAUUUGAAUACAGUUUGCUUAAUAGCUGGGACAAGAUAUCUUCUGCUUAUAUUGGAGUGACAAUGUGUUUGAAGACCGCUAGAGACAGGAUUACCGGAACCAAUAAUGCAAAUGUGACUCGUGAUGGGGAUUAGUAGUUGAACUGUUGAAGUUGAUUGGACUCAGCGUACAAAACAAAUGCAAUCUCAUAUC